GCUGACUGAGGCGCAGAUUGCCUCGCGGGACAACGGUCGGCAACGCAGGUUGUGGUGGGGGCGGAAGAGCUCUCCCGGCGGGUCUCCGUGCAGUCGGCGAGGCACAGGGCCGCCGCAGCACCAUGGCGACCACCGUCAGCACGCAGCGCGGGCCGGUGUAUAUUGGUGAGCUCCCCCAGGACUUCCUCCGUAUAACGCCCACACAGCAGCAGCAGCAGAUCCAGCUGGAUGCCCAGGCAGCCCAGCAGCUGCAGUAUGGAGGAGCAGUUGGCACCGUGGGCCGCCUCAGCAUUACUGUAGUGCAGGCAAAAUUGGCAAAGAAUUACGGCAUGACUCGCAUGGACCCUUAUUGCCGCCUGCGUUUGGGUUAUGCUGUUUAUGAAACUCCCACAGCACACAAUGGUGCCAAGAACCCUCGCUGGAACAAGGUCAUCCAGUGCACGGUGCCCCCAGGUGUGGACUCGUUCUACCUUGAGAUCUUCGAUGAGCGAGCCUUCUCCAUGGACGACCGCAUAGCUUGGACCCACAUCACCAUCCCUGAGUCCCUGAAGCAAGGCCAAGUGGAGGACGAGUGGUAUAGCCUGAGUGGGAGGCAGGGUGAUGACAAGGAGGGCAUGAUCAACCUGGUCAUGUCCUACACGUCUCUCCCAGCUGCCAUGAUGAUGCCUCCUCAGCCUGUGGUUCUGAUGCCAACUGUGUACCAGCAGGGUGUCGGCUAUGUGCCCAUUGCAGGGAUGCCUGCAGUCUGCAGCCCUGGCAUGGUUCCUGUGGCCAUGCCCCCACCAGCUGUGGCUCCUCAGCCCCGCUGUAAUGAGGAGGACCUCAAGGCUAUCCAGGACAUGUUUCCCAACAUGGACAGGGAAGUAAUCCGCUCUGUGCUUGAAGCCCAGAGAGGGAACAAGGAUGCUGCCAUCAAUUCCUUGCUGCAAAUGGGUGAAGAGUCCUAGACCCACCUGUGUCCCUUGGCUCACACCACUGACCCUUGGACUUGCCCACCCAAGGCUCCCCAGGGUCACCAUCCCCAAAAGAUUCCAAUGAAAGACCAUCCACGUACCCCUUCCUUGGACAUCUGUGCUGCCCCUUCCUACCUAUUUUGGGGAUGCAUGUGGAUUUUUGGUUCUAGGCAGGCAGUUUUCUUCAUUGUUGGUAGGGAACAGCUCCCUCCUUGUCUCUAGUUGGGUGAUGGCGGCAUGGCCCUGUUACUGCACAGACCAGUGGUCCUGUUGUUUGGGGACCUGCAUUUCCCUUUCUCACCCUGUUCUGGAAAGCAUUCUUAAAGAAAGCAGCUCCCUCUGCCAGGACAUUAGAGUUUGUACAGCAUCCUUCCGAGUUGAUGGAUGUCAUGAAGUUAUGCAGUCUAACUGGGAUGGUUGUUGAUGGUGCACUAGGUUCAUGUGCACUUAUUUGCAGGUUAUUUUUAGAACUUUCAAGCUAAAAGCUCCUUCCUUACUCUGGUAUUGUAUGUGGACCUGGGCCCUCACCUAGUCCUGGGCCAAUGAGAUACACUUCCCAGCCAUAUCUAGCAAGUCUGACCUCUUGUCUAGAUCACCUGUCACUGUCUGGCUAGGCUUCAGCCACAGAAAUCUAACUUGAGUACAGAAGGUGUCCAGACCUGGUGCUUAGCUAGACAGGCCCCACCUAGGCCCUCACUGCUAGAGUCUGCUUUCCACCUCAUUCUGUUUAGUACCAGCACUAUAACUCAGGAGUUACUCCUGAGGCUGUUCUUGUUGAUAGGCUUUUAUCAUACAGCCCAGAGUCAAGUGAAGGAGAGAGAUGGGCAGGUGUUGCACUGUGUUUACUACUAAAAGGCAUUCAGGCAGCAUGACACUACUGACCUGCAGCAGACUUUGUUGACCCAUACUGUAGCUCUGCUUGAGUGAUAGAAAUCCCAUGCUUCAAUUAAACCUUCAUGGAGGUAGAGGUGCCUGUACCUGUCUAGUGGACAUCGUGUAUUGUAUUUUGGGUUGCAAAGCUUUGGGCCCAUGACCUGGCUAUAGAUCAAUUUAGGGACAGAAUGGGUGACACCUGGUCCUAAGAUUCAGAACCUUGAAAACUUUCUCAAAAUUGAUACACUGUACAGGUAACAUUAAGAAGCUAGCAAGCAUCAUCAUGUUUGUGGUGUUACAGUUUUGCCUUACAUUGCAGUUGCUUCUUGUUUUUCCAAGAGUUUGUACCCUGCCUUUGGAUAUGUGAUCCACCAAUAUGGGCACGAAGUAGUUUGUAGCAGUUGGGACUUUUUGUGAAAGACUUAAAAUAAGAAAGUUAGUGCUUCGGUUUGGGUCUUUCCCCCUCUAAAAACACAGAUUAAGUUUUAAUGUCAGCUAAAAUAUACUACUUUCUAUCAUCCAUGGGGGUGCUUUUUGUCAAAUGUAUUGUUCAUAAGUAUUUAUUUUUGUAAGCCUAAAGGCAAUAUGUGGUGAUGGUGAGCGCUGGAUGGUGGUAACAAGCACUUUUCUUUAGUUGUAGGUUUUUAAACCUUUCUUUUUAUCUGCAAAAUGGAGAAGAAAGACCAAUGUUUGUUAAAUAAAUUCAACCACUCACUUUAACACAGCCAGGCACUGGAAGUCUCCAUUCUAGACUGUUGUGUGACCUUGUGCUUGGGAAACAGAUGCCCUCUCAUAGUCUGGAUGAGUCAAGCAGGCAGGACCUCUUUAAGUGGUCCACUUGGUGUUACCAGCAGACUUGAGACUCCGCAGAGCAGGAAUCUCAGCGCCUGUCUCUAGGUCUCAGGUGUGGCUCUGUGCAUCAGCUUCUGUCUUAAGGAGAUAUGGGCUGAGCAAGGGCUACUUGGUCCAUGUGAGGUUCCGGGGGGAGCAUCAAGCCCUGAGCGGCCCCCAGUGCACUCAGAGUGCACUCUGGUGUCAUUACAGCAUUCACUAACUUGUGUUUGCUCAGACGGGGAAGAGUGAUGGUUUUAAGACAGAUUUAAGGCUUGAGCUGAACAAAGACUCUUCCCUUUGUCAUGAACAUUUUAUUUUUUUAAUAGAUUGAAGAAAGAUCACAUUUUAUAAAACCUGAAUGAAACCCCACUCUAAUAGGUUUUGUGCUCUCUUGUCUUGGACUUUCAUGUGACGGAGCCCAUCUAGUGCAAGGAAAGAAGCAGUGCUGGCAGGGCCUGUCUCGGAGCCUAGACGUCAGAGCGUGGCUUGCUUGGCCUUCCAUCCCAUCCUGAGUCUUCUUGAGAUAAAAAGUUGUUACAGCUGGAAGGAGUAGCUCCGAGACAGAGGCCAUAAGCAGUGUAGACAGGCUUCUGGUUGGGGACCAGGCUCUCACUGGGUGACACUGCUGCUCUUGCCAAGUUUCAAUAUUCAAGGUGGUAGCAAAGUUUCACAAGGUGAUCACUGGAGCCCCUGCCCUCAAACCAGCUCUUAAGGGUGGACAUGGGUCUGGUUAUGGCCCAGGCUGUUUUCUUCUCUGGACAUGCUGGUUGAUUGAAGUUGUAACCUGCUGCACGUUUGUGGUCUGACAUGGCCACUGGCUUUCAUCUCACCAUGUGAAUGACACCUACCUGGUUGAGAGAAGUGUUGUGUAACUGGGUUCUGCCCUUUCCCUCCCAAGUCACUCUUUACAGAUACUGGUGUCAUCCGAUACACUGUCUGGAGGUUGGUGGGAAUGGUUCUCAGAACUCUGUGUCUGUGGUUAUCUUGGGGAUGGGGUUCGAGUCCAGAUUUUUAUUUGAUUAUAUGAUAUAUUUUUACUUUUCAGCCUUCUUAUUUAAUAAGUGGUCUAUAUAAAAUAGAAAAAUAAAGUCCUAUAAGGAAAUGUUUA